GUUAGGAUAACUAUAGUCUAUUCACGUUGAGGAGCGCUGUAGACAUCCUCUUCCCAGCUGCCAAGAAAGAGUGUGGGUGACGAUUCAAGAUGGCAACUCUUGGUGUACAUUGCAACGAAGCAGCCUUACGUCAAAAGACUCAUCCUGAUAGUAACACAAGUGAUGCAAUUUUGAAAAAGGUAGGCACUUUUGAAGCUACAGAAGAGAAGCCUGAUUGUACACAACUCGAUCUGCCUGCUAAUGUAAAUGUAUCAGGAAAAUUCAAACAUCAAUUUAAUCAGUGGAUGAAUGUUCAUCUCAGUAGAGUGUUUGGUGGCUUUCAGAGCGCGUUUAUUCCAGAGUUAAGGCAAAUGUUGAACGAAUGCUUAGCCGAUAAAACAAACCAAAUUGUCCAAGGGAGAAGAAAUAUUGAGGAUAUGAUGUCAUCAAUUACUAGAGUAGCCAAAGCAACGGCUAGAGAUCCUGUUAUUAAAUCUAUGGUGGAACACUUGCAAUCCAUCAUUAAAGUGGCACAAACAAGUGCACAAUGUUCAAAGGCCACUGAAAAUAAGGUGCCAAUUCUUGAAUUUCCAGGUAGUUCUGUUAAUGAUCAAUUGUUUCUGCUCAACCUGUUCACUUCAGUAGAUGACCAAGUAGAGAGUGCUGAUAUUGAAAGAUGUCUAAUGACCUACGUCCCAGUUACACAUGUGCAGGUGGGCAUUAUGAAAGCAGGGCCAAACCAAGAAUGUGCGAAUUGUGAGGCAUCUCCUACUACAAUAAUGUGUGCCUCUUGUGAACAAAAGUUUUGCGACAAUUGUCCCCUUUACUCCAUUAAAGCCCCUCGAAUUGGUAUCAAUUCACCCUGUCCUAUCUGUCAGCAAUGCACAACAAAGUUGGCUUUAAAAGAUGCCGAAGACUGGAUAUCUAAAGCCCUAGAUCUAAUACGAAGUAGAGAAGAAGGCUGCAUGAAAGCAUCAAUGGCUUGUGUUCUAAUUGCACUCCACACAACUGAAGCUCUGCCACUUGCAAAUAUGAAGGCAGUGGCAAGAGAACUUCUAAACCAGGGUUUUCAGGAGCAAGCUCUCCUCCUUUUUUCAGUAAUAAAAGAGCUAUCAAGUUUAGAAAAUGAUGUAUUUCAGUUUUAUUAUCCAAAAGUAAAGGCCCUGCAAGAAAUUUCACCCUGGAAACCCUGGAGAGAAAAUUGGUUAUUGACACUAGCACCUCACGAGCAACCUAUGGUUCAUGUCCCACACCUAUCCAGAGUUUCCAAAGAAAUAACAAAAUACACUAGUGAUAUUGAACACAAAGAGAGAGCAAAGUAUGAGGCACUAGUUUAUUCUUAUAUUUGCGAGCUGCAGAAAGCUUGGAAAAACCGUGAUAUACCCAAGAUGCUUAAUAUUGUUGAUUUCACUGAAGUGGUAAAUGAAGAUGCCUUAAUCCUUAGAAAUGGAAUUAAAGCAGCUAUGAAAGCUCUUGAUAUCUUUCUUGGUGAGGUACAAGAAUAUAUACAAAGGCUGCACCCCGAAGAGCAAUGUACGAUCCAUUUUUUUCAAGGAUAUGCGCAAAUAUACAGUAGUGAGGUCCAAAAAGGCCUAGAUUUAAUUGAGAGAGCUGUAUGGAGUGGCUAUUGCCACAGCUGCCUAUUAGAAGCUACAAGUAAUCUUGUUGUAUUUCAGCUAGCAUACCAUCCUUCAGUAAGAAAUUAUCUGGUUAAAGAAUGUAAGAACAUUGUCAAAAAUAGACCUCCCCAGAAAAUCUGCUUCAGUGGCCUCUUAGAUGUUCUUGGUAUCUCACAAAAAGAUCUGGAUCCUUUUCGCGAAAGAUGCUGGCCGAAGCUGAGCAUUGCAGGAAUAAAUACAGAUGCCACCAGAAAGCAUGAAUAUACAGUUCAACAACAAGUGAAAGAAGGAAAACUAAACUACUUUGAAGCAGGUUAUGCUUUAAUUGAUUUCAUUCCAAGUGCAUCUCAUCCUUCAGAAGAGAUGGUGUGUUUCUUCAAUGCAUCCCUGUGGUUUCUCAAAGACCUAAAAUCUAAAACAGAGGGAGAUUCACAGCAGAUAUAUGCCCUAAAAAAACUGACACUCAAGUGUGUAGAGGAAGCUUGCAGUGUUGCUCGUGUGGACCUCCACCCAGGGAUGCAGUUCUAUGCCUCACGGUUUGGUCUGGCCAUUGCUGCUGAGGCAAUUACUGCUGCUGGAAAAUUUGCCACAAGUGGGGACAGCAAUAUCCUGGUUGAAUAUUUUCGCUCAGUUUUCCACAAUGGCCGUUUCUGUCCAUUCUGGAAGAUGCCAAUUGUACCUGUGUGUGAGGCACAUAUGCUAAAUAGUUUUACAGGGAAGCUACACACCAAGUUCAUGCUUCACCUGCAAAGAGAUGAGAGUAAUUGUCUGUUAACAAGCGAGGAGGUGAAAUACCAGCUGUAUGAGAAUGAUAUUCGAUGGUUAUGUCCUGUUGAGGAAAAAGAUGCCACCCAUGAGCGUGCAAUGGAGGCAUUGUUGAAUGAAAAAGGUCUCACCUGGUCAGAUAUAUCAGAAACAAUGUGCUCAGGUCUUUGUCCGAGGACCCCAGAAGGGUGGCUCAUACAGCAGGAACAUUUAGAAGGCAAUCUGCCAUAUGUUACACUGAAAGGAUUCGAAGUAAAUAGAUCAGAUAGCAACAAUCCUGGCAUCAAAGUGACUGUCAUUCCUGUAGAGGAUGCUAAAAAUGGUCUUAUCUCUCCAGUAGACAUCCAUACAGUGCUCCAAAUUCCAAUGAAGGAUAUUUUCCCUAUUACCUACAGUUUGGACCCUCCUAGCGACUCACAACUUUUUCACCCCUUUCAACAGAUCCGUUUUGAGUCCUCUUCUCUUGAAAACAGUGAUAUACUUUACACUCUGCUGCAGACGGACUACCUCUUGAAAUGCUUUAGUGUUGGAUCAGAUGUGUCUGCUAAACCACCAUUUAGGCAGAGAGAUUGUAGUGAAGGACUUACGGCAAAACUACACCCCCCUCAUCUUAAAAAAGUACUUGCUCCCAUUCAAGAGAGAGGGAAGAUUAAAAACAAGAGACAACGUUUCUGGAUUCAGGCAGAUGAAAUAGAAUGCAGUUGUACAGAGAAAGGGCCAAUGCUUUACUACCGAAUUGGAGAGGUAAAGAUGGUAAUUCGAACAUCUCCCAUGCGCCAAGGACUCGAUGGCAAACUACAUGACAUAGAAGAUGAAGAUCCAGAGAGCCCAGGAUCCAAGUUUGCAAAGGACCUCACUGAAAAUUAUGACGAAAUAUCAAAGUAUUAUCCAAUUUUUGGAAGAUUGAAAGAACUAUGCAAGUUGCAGUUUUUUGGACGAACAACAGGAAGUAUCAUAAAACAAAUGAAGAGUAACAUUACAACCCCAGAUGAUAUUUUACAAGAUAUUCAAUCAAAAGCUAGAAAAGGGAAUGAGACUCUAAGAAGGACCUGUACAUGGGUUCCAGCAGCAGUAGCGGCUGAAGAGAAAGGACACUCAAAAAUAAUGAGCUAUGGUGGCGUGCGCUUAGCUCCUGAACUCAAAGAGACUCCGGUUCCAAUAGUUAGAGGUGAAAAGACUUGUGAUUUUGACCAACUCACACAUUGCAGUCCAUUUCAAAGGUCACCAGUUACAACCACACCCCCUCCAUGUGAAUCACUCAGAUGUUUAAAUGGAAUUCAAUCACAGCCGACAACAACUGAAGCCCCUAAUAAAGCCGUCUCUUGGCAGAAUUUUGCUGGAAAUUCAUGUGGUGGAAGCAGGAUGGGACCCCAGAGCACAGAAACUGGAGGAGGCACAACGCAAGGUUGGACAGGAAAUGCAGACAGAGAGGGAGAAUGGGGACGCACAAUGGGAGACCAGAGCUCAGAAACUGGAGGAGGUACAACGCAAGAUUGGACAGGAAAUGCAGACAGAGAGGGAGAAUGGGGACGCACAAUGGGAGACCAGAGCUCAGAAACUGGAGGAGGCACAACGCAAGGUUGGACAGGAAAUGCAGACAGAGAGGGAGAAUGGGGACGCACAAUGGGAGACCAGAGCUCAGAAACUGGAGGAGCACAACGCAAGGUUGGACAGGAAAUGCAGACAGAGAGGGAGAAUGGGGACGCACAAUGGGAGACCAGAGCUCAGAAACUGGAGGAGGCACAACGCAAGGUUGGACAGGAAAUGCAGACAGAGAGGGAGAAUGGGGACGCACAAUGGGAGAUCAGAGCUCAGAAACUGGAGGAGGCACAACGCAAGAUUGGACAGGAAAUGCAGACAGAGAGGGAGAAUGGGGACGCACAAUGGGAGAUCAGAGCUCAGAAACUGGAGGAGGCACAACGCAAGAUUGGACAGGAAAUGCAGACAGAGAGGGAGAAUGGGGACGCACAAUGGGAGAUCAGAGCUCAGAAACUGGAGGAGGCACAACGCAAGGUUGGACAGGAAAUGCAGACAGAGAGGGAGAAUGGGGACGCACAAUGGGAGACCAGAGCUCAGAAACUGGAGGAGGUACAACGCAAGAUUGGACAGGAAAUGCAGACAGAGAGGGAGAAUGGGGACGCACAAUGGGAGAUCAGAGCUCAGAAACUGGAGGAGGCACAACGCAAGGUUGGACAGGAAAUGCAGACAGAGAGGGAGAAUGGGGACGCACAAUGGCAGACCAGAGCUCAGAAACUGGAGGAGACUGCACAGGGUAUCUAAAUGAAGUUGAUGGCGAAGGUUACUCAAGGAAAAUAGGUGGCGUGCACUUGGCUCCAAAACCCAAAGAAACCACUCUGAUUCCAAGAGUAAAAGAUGAAAUGACAUAUGU